CAAACACACCGUUAAGUGUCAGAAAGGGUAGACUCGGAAACAAAAGGAGAGUCAACAAAAGCAAAGGCCGAUAAGCGCAAAAAAAUAAAUUGCUACCAAAACAAAAUCAGCAGAACAUUUUCACAAACUGAUCAAUCCGCAGCUGCUUUAUAGCCACCAAAAAGAUGAAUACUAGAGGACGAGUAAAAUGGGAUGAGGAUAAUCUGGGGGAGAUCGAAGCAAAUAAGCCUGAGAGGCAGAAAAUCACUGAACCCAAGACCCCGUAUCACCCCAUGAUUGAUGUUGAUGAUGAUUCUCUUUCUCCAAGGAGGGGCAGCAGCUUUAAUGAGGUUGCUGAGGAUACAAUGCGUGCAGAAGAGUUGAGGACUGCAUUGGAUAUCAUGGCUUCCUCAAGUAGAAACCCAUCUAGAAGAUCUAGUGGCUGGACCUCCUCCGAGGACGAGGUUGAUCCUAUGGAACAAGAUGAAGAAGAUUCUGAAACGGAUAGGAGUUCAAAUUUUAGGGAGCACAGACGAGCACAUUAUGAUGAGUUCCGGAAAGUGAAGGAACUAAGGCGGAAGGGUUCUUUUUUGGAGGAUGAAGAAGAAAAUGGUGAUGGUGUGAGGGAUAUAGAAAUUGAAGGUGCUGCAACUUCGCAUCAAAAUUCUUCACCUCCAGCUAAUGGGGUUUAGAGGCUCUUAAACCAAACCGACGCUUGAGAAACUGACUGUUUUGGUGCUUUUAUGGUAUUUUGUUCUAAAACAAGAUGUAUCGCACCUGAUUUAUGUGUUUUCAUGCAAUGCUGUUCAAAUCA